UCUGGCUGUGAGUCUGCUUAGUCCUGUUGCUGUGUGUGUAAAGCUUUGAUGCGGUGCGGAGGUAACGGGAGAUGUGGUCCUUUUUCGCCAGGGAUCCUGUCAAAGACUUCGCCUAUGAAAUCCUCCCAGACAGCCAAGAGAAGUCUGGGAUAUGGAGCCUCCAUCGGGGGAAGCGGAAGACCAAUGGAGAGCCGGUGUCUGUGUUUGUGUACGAGAUGGCUCAGGGGACAGAGCUGCAGACCCAGCUAGCCAAGGCUGCCUUCAAGCGCAUGAAGACCCUGCGGCACCCGAACAUCCUGGCCUACGUCGACGGGCUGGAGACAGAGACAGACAAGAGCUUGUACCUGGUCACUGAGCAGGUGACGCCUCUGGCAGUCCACCUGAAGGCCCAGGCAGAGAAAGGCGGUGCUGGGGAACUGGAGGUGUCCUGGGGUCUGCACCAGAUAGUGAAAGCUCUGAGUUUUCUGGUCAACGACUGCCACCUGCUUCACAACAACUUGGGCGUGUGGGCCGUUUUCGUGGACCGAGCUGGAGAGUGGAAGCUCGGUGCUCUAGACCAUGUGGCCCCUCAGCAGGGUGACCCAACCGGGGUCCCGCUCCCCACCCCGAAGUCUGUCAACCCAGAUAUGGAGAAGUACGACCCACCAGAGAUGCCCAAUAGCAGCGGAGACACAUGGGCAGGGGAGGUGUGGCGACUUGGCUGCUUGAUUUGGGAGGUGUUCAACGGGCCGCUUCCUCGCACAUCAUCCCUCCGCUCGCUGGGAAAGAUCCCCAAGACCCUGGUCCCCCAUUACUGUGAGCUGGUGGGGGCCAACCCUCGGGCUCGGCCAAACCCGGCCCGCUUUCUGCAGAACUGCAGAACCCCGGGGGGGUUCCUCAGCAACAGCUUUGUGGAGAGCAACCUUUUCCUGGAAGAGAUCCAGAUUAAAGAACCUGCAGAGAAGCAGCAGUUCUUCCAGGAUCUGAGUGAAAACCUGGACUCGUUCCCCGAAGACUUCUGUAAACACAAGGUCCUUCCUCAGCUGCUCACCGCCUUCGAGUUCGGCAAUGCAGGAGCCGUCGUCCUCACCCCGCUCUUCAAGGUGGGGAAGUUCCUGUCAGCGGAAGAAUACCAACAAAAGAUCAUUCCCGUCAUUGUGAAGAUGUUUUCGUCCACGGAUCGAGCUAUGAGGAUACGACUUCUGCAGCAGAUGGAGCAGUUCAUUCAGUAUCUGAACGAGGCAGCUGUCAAUUCCCAGAUCUUUCCUCACGUCGUCCACGGCUUCACAGACACCAACCCGGCCAUCAGAGAACAGACCGUUAAGUCUAUGCUGCUGCUGGCUCCCAAGCUGAAUGAGACCAACCUGAACCAGGAGCUGAUGCGUCACUUUGCGCGGCUGCAGGCCAGAGAUGAACAAGGCCCAAUCCGCUGCAACACCACUGUGUGCUUGGGAAAGAUCGCCUCCUACCUCAACGCUGGGACUCGACAGCGGGUUCUGAUUUCUGCCUUCUCGCGAGCUACGAAGGACCCCUUCCCCGCUUCACGCUCGGCCGGUGUCCUGGGCUUCGCAGCUACGCACAACUUCUACAGCGUAACGGAGAUCGCUGGCCGAAUCCUGCCCACACUCUGUGCCAUUACUGUUGACCCCGACAAGAGUGUCAGGGACCAGGCAUUCAAAGCGAUCAAGAGUUUCCUUUCCAAGCUGGAGACUGUGUCAGAAGACCCAACCAAGCUAGCUGAGAUAGAAAAGGACGUGGCGUCGUGCGCUCAGCCCGCAGGAGCCUCUUCCAGCUGGGCCGGCUGGGCCGUCACCGGCAUGUCCUCGCUAACGUCCAAGCUGAUCCGCAACGCUCCUGGAACAGAAGGCGGUGCAGCCGAGGGCGGCGGCUCUACCGACACCACCAGCCCCACCAGUGCUGCCGAUGAAGCAGCCCCUCCUGGUUCUGAAGAUAAAACCCCACAAGCCUCUCUGCCUCAGCGCCCCGCCUCUAGUCGUGCCAAGCAAUCGCUGACUCUCGAAGCAACAGACAAUGAUGAUGAGCCGAUAGGAGACCGCUGGGAUGACGAGGAGGACUGGGGGAGCUUGGAGGAGCCGGAGAAAGCUCACACUGAGACCGACGACUGGAACACGGACUGGUCAGGAAUGUCAUCAUCCAAAAAGAAGGCCAGCGACAAAGGAGUGGGUCGCUCUUCCGCCUCCGCGGCAGUGAAGAAGCAGAGCUCAGACUGGAGCAGCUCUGGCUGGGACGCCGAUGACAGCUGGUCCAACGAGAAGGAAGGCCAGGGUCAGAGCUCCGCCGGCGAGGAAGGCUGGGGCAACGACUGGGGGGAGGAGGACACGGACACGACGUUGACCAACAAGACGCUCCCCCUGCCCGAGGGCGUGCGGUUAGCCAGCGAGUACAACUGGGACAGCAGCACGGCGAAGGGCGCCGGCCAGAACGACCUGUUCGCCAGCGUGUCGCAGAGAAGCACGGCGGCCACUGGUGCUACCACGCCUGGAGAAGGCUGGAGUGCAGAGCCCACGGGAGACUGGGGAGCUGAGGAGAGCUGGGAGUCAGUAGACGGAAGUCAGGGUCUCAGCAAGGCGGAGCUGUCCAAAAAGAAACGAGAGGAGCGGAGGAAAGAGCUGGAGGCCAAGCGAGCGGAGCGUAAAGCUGCUAAAGGACCUCUCAAACUGGGCGCGCGCAAGCUGGACUGAUGAGGGUGGAGCUGGCGAGCGAACGAGGAGCGUGACCCACAGUGACUGGACCAGAGCCGCGGAUGUAGGUCCGUCAUUCCGCAAGUAAAGGACCAGGGAGGAGUGAUGAAGAAAACUGUGAACAGUCGCUGUAAUGGAGGAGGCCUGGUGGCUGAUGGGUGUCGACGUAUAUGACUCUUAGGUUUGGGGUUUUCUGGGUUUCUUCACUAAAGACCUGACGGACGGGAGAUGAAGAAAGACACGUGAAGUAUCAGAGCUGCACUCCUCGCAGCAAGCAGGCCUGAGUUCAUUUGACAAAAUGUCCCCCACUGUUUUUUUUUUUAACUCAUAAAGUUGUCGUUGUAAAGUAAAUGUAUAUAACUGGUGCAUCUUGUCUUAAAAGAAAUUACACUCUUUCUUUUUAUUUUAUUUUUUUUUUAAAAAGAGAAGUAUAUACAGAGUAGAACUUCAAACGGUGUAUUACUAUACUGAAUGUCUCUCAGUGGGUAUGCACACAGACACAGUGGAUACAUUUGUUUUAGCUCACCUGUCAGUUACAGAUCUAAGACUGGACAUCAGUCCAUGCAUGCACUUGUGUAUUUGUGGCUUAACAAAAGGUAAGAAAUUACAAAUGUUUUGACUUUACUUUGCACAUAGGGCACUGUAUUUUACUGAACCGGCCUGAAAGCUCAAACAUGGGGCUGGUUCCAGAUCUGUAAAUGAGAAACUCUUCAGUGGAGCAGCUGGAAAUAUACUAAAACGAAGGUGGGAAGCUGGUCUCAAGGAAAUAUCUGUUUGUAUGACCUGUUCUGCCUCCUGUGAGGUGCAGUACUGUGGUGGAGGGUGUAUGAAAUCAAAGGAGUUCUAAAAAGGUCCACCAGAGGUCACUAAAACCCCAUGAAUCAUGUGAGGAAGUUGAGAAAUACUGAUAAUUAAAUUUAGUCGGGUGUUGUUUGGGUUGUCAUAUUCAUUUAUUUGUGCCUUUAUUUAAUUGAAGACCAGCUCUGGGUGUUAAACCACAGCAGCUCCAAAUUUUGAGAGUGGACCUUGACUAUAUCAAAUCAUCAGACUGUGUUUUGAUCAGAACUGUCUGUUGAACACUGCGUCGAUCUGUUUGGUUGUGCUCGCUGUACAAAAUGCUUCAUAGAUGAGUCAGCUGACACAAUCAACAGCCAUCACCACUGGAGCUGGUGUCCUUGACAGAGGUGGACACGUCACCAACUAUGCUGUGUGCACCGAGGAAGACUGGAUGCAAUAUUUUUACAGAGAAUCCAAAUCAUGUAGCAUGUAAGCAAAUAUUCAAAUAAACCUCUGUUGCUUCUAA